AUGACAAGUACUACUACUACAAAGAAACCAUCCACCAAUCUGGCCCUAUGUGUCACCACGGAGGACUUUGAAGCUCCUGCAAGGGAGGUUCUCUCGAAGAAAUCAUGGGUCUAUGUCUCCAGUAGUGCGGCCUCGGGUCUGUCACUGAAGGCGAAUCUGGAUGAUUGGUCACGAAUCAAUUUCCGCCCACGCAUCAUGCGAAGUGUGAGCUCAAUAAACACAAAUCGGGCGAUUCUGGGACAGACAAGUCAAUUGCCCUUCUUCGUCUCCGCGAUGGGCACUCUGGGAAACGCACAUCCCGGUGCAGAGCCACUACUUGCCCGGGGCUCGACACGCAAAGGAUUACAUAUGGUGGUGAGCACAGCAACAAGCAAACCACUCGAGGAAAUCAUGGAUGCGCAUCAAGAGGAGCAGAACCUUCUGAAUAACCAAAGCCCUUCCAAGUUGGCAUUUCAACUAUAUCUCCCUGUCGAUCGGUCCAAGGCUCUAUCUUUGAUUCGACGUGUCAAAGCUGCGGGAUACCAGAGUUUAUGGAUCACCGUAGACACAUCCGUUCUGGGCAAGCGUACUGCCGACCGAUAUCUGCAAGCUCAAGAGGCCUUGGAUCAAGGUGCGAAAGAACGAGAGGCUGCGGCAGAGAAUGAGUUCAGCCCGGCUUUCGGAGGACGACCAGUGCCGGGCUAUCUAGAUCCAGGACUAAGCUGGGAGGAUCUGGCGUGGAUCAAGCAGGAAUGGACCGGUCCAAUUGUAUUAAAGGGAAUCCAGACUGUCGAGGAUGUCAAGAUUGCUGUGGAAUACGGCGUCCAGGGAGUGCUGCUGAGCAAUCAUGGUGGACGCCAGAUUCACUCGGCCCCGAGCGCCUUGAUGACGCUAUUGGAGAUCCGAACUUACUACCCCGAGGCUCUGGACAAGUUGGAAGUCUUCCUAGACGGCGGACUUCGAGAUGGAGCAGAUGUGCUCAAGGCUUUGUGCUUGGGAGCGACGGCCGUCGGUGUUGGAAGGCCGUACUUUUAUGCGAUGGCGGCAUACGGAAUGGAGGGAAUUGAGAAAUGCACGGAUGUCCUCGCCGAGGAAGUUGAAAUCACCAUGAAGAUGCUUGGAGUUUCAUCGCUCGACCAGCUUCGGCCAGAGAUGGUCAACACAACUCGACUGCUGAACGAUAUGUGGCGGCCAGAGAUCGUGCGACCCAGGCUUUGA